CGCAGUCCACUCAUACGAGAAUCUUUUUCAGUAGUAAAUACUACAGUACCAUACAAUCCAUGGUUGGUUGAUUCCGCAGUUACCGAGGAAGCUAGAAAUGGAGGAACUAAAGAUACAGAGGGCUGACUAUAAAUUAUGGGUAGAUUUUCAACAGCGCAGAGGGUCGGUGCCCCUAACUCCCACAUUGGUCAAGGGUAUAUCCUUAAUACCUAUGUUAGUGGGUAAAUAAGUGUGGUUUAUGUGGUCUCCAACACUUGAGAGCCAUGCUUGAAAUUUGUUCCAUGUUCCUUUUCUUUCCUCCACACAGGAGGAAUGGACAUCAGCAUUCUGAUACCACUUUGGAAAGGUUCUCAACACCUAGUUUGAAGUCAGAAGGAAAAAGACUGAAUUUACAAUUUACUUGUGUGGUUGCUUACUAAAAUUAGGCAUCAGUCUCAGUGAUUAGUCAGGCCUAGUCUCUUCUGCCCCCUUAGCUACCCAUGUAAGGGAUACAGAUUAUAUGGAAGACGCUUAAGGUAAUCUCUCAACUUCUUCCCUAUACAAACCUUCCCCCACUGUAUCCAACAGGUAGUCAUGACUGCUUAGCCAAGCAGAGGGGUUUAAUUCAGUAUAGGAGGGGUUGUUACAGUGAAAGUGUGCACAUUUUGCUGACAACGGUGUUGCUGUAAGUGGCUCCUUUAAAGGAAACUUGUUGCUAUAGAAGAAUUUCCUUUCUAAGAAUAAUGGAAUAAGUUGCAUUUCUUCAGAAGGUGAAGGUACAAGUAAGAAGCUGGCGAAACAUAGAGCUGCAGAGGCUGCCAUAAACAUUUUGAAAGCCAAUGCAAGUAUUUGCUUUGCAGUUCCGGAUCCCUUAAUGCCUGACCCUUCCAAGCAACCAAAGAACCAGCUUAAUCCUAUUGGUUCAUUACAGGAAUUGGCUAUUCAUCAUGGCUGGAGACUUCCUGAAUAUACCCUUUCCCAGGAGGGAGGACCUGCUCAUAAGAGAGAAUAUACCACAAUUUGCAGGCUAGAGUCAUUCAUGGAAACUGGAAAGGGGGCAUCAAAGAAACAAGCCAAGAGAAAUGCUGCUGAGAAAUUUCUUGCCAAAUUCAGUAAUAUCUCUCCAGAGAACCACAUUUCUUUGACAAAUGUGGUAGGACAUUCUUUAGGUUGUACUUGGCAUUCCUUGAGGAAUUCUCCUGGUGAAAAGAUCAACUUACUGAAAAGAAGCCUCCUCAGUAUUCCAAAUACAGAUUACAUCCAGCUGCUUAGUGAAAUUGCAAAGGAACAAGGUUUUAAUAUAACAUAUUUGGAUAUAGAAGAACUGAGUGCCAAUGGACAGUAUCAAUGUCUCGCCGAAUUGUCCACCAGUCCCAUCACAGUCUGUCAUGGCUCGGGGAUCUCCUGUGGCAGUGCACAGAGUGACGCAGCUCACAAUGCUCUGCAGUAUUUAAAGAUAAUAGCAGAAAGAAAGUAAACUUGGAACAACUUAGAAAACCCUUCAGUAGCACAUAAGAAGGUCCCCUUUCUCCCCUUCCCAAGUAAGACAUUUACUAUAAUGUUUGAGUUUGUGUGUUGGUUCUAAAUCUCUUCAUAGUUUCCAUGAACACUCCAGAUUUAAUUAUCUCCUGGUAGUUGUUAUUAAGAUGUUUUUAAUGGCUUCGACUUUGUAUUGGUAUAUUGUAUUUAUAAACUUUGUACCAUAGGCAGAGUGUAGCACCCAUUUUACAAUGCCAUGUACAUAGAAGGAAAAAACUGCAUGAUUGUUGUUGUUGAGGAGGAGGAGGAUAAAAUAAAACUGCUAGCAACAGUCUUUCCUACUGGUGCUUAACCUCUUCUUUGUGCAAGGCUUUGUAAAGGGAUUUCGAAGGAAGCCCCUUAGAAUUAGUGUUGAGGAACGCACUAACAGGUUUUAAUUGAAUGUGAUUGUUAAAUUUCAGGGAACGUGAUUGGUCUGCUGUGUAUUUGAAUCCAUGUAAUAAAGAGCUGUUGUUAUAAUGGGUUCUGUUCAUUUCAUUAAAGUGCUACUGACUCGA